AUGGACGUAAUCGGCAAAAUCAUACCAUCUUCCGGGGCUGCCAAGCACGCAUGGAUACUGGUAGCAACCGAUUACUUCACUAAGUGGGUCGAAGCAAAAUCGUAUGCCGAGCUAACGUUUAAAGAAGUUUGCAACUUUGUGGAAGAACACAUUGUGACCAGAUUCGGCGUACCAGAAACGAUUAUAACUGAUAAUGGCACAAUCUUUACAGCCAAGAGGUUUAAAGAAUACACGGCAAGUUUGAAAAUUCAGCUUGAACAGUCUACACCAUAUUAUCUGCAAGCAAAUGGGCAGGCCGAUGCAAGUAACAAAGUGUUGAUCGGCAUUCUUGAGAAAAUAAUAAAAGAGAGGCCUAGCAUGUGGCAUGUAAAGUUAAAUGAGGCUUUAUGGGCAUAUCAAACAUCGCUCCGAUCGGCGACUGGGACAACCCCGUAUGCACUAACCUACGCAUAA